GAUGGCGCUGUGGGCCUGAUCUUGGGGGCACAGCUUGGGGCCCACAUUGCCCCCUGUGGGGAGGUCCAUGCAAUCAUGAGUGCCUCCUCCCCAGCUACCAGGUGCCGGCUUUGCAGAGCUCCACCCUGGGGAGUGUGGAGGAGCUGGUGGAUGGAUUCACCUACUCCAUCUCCCUGGACCUGGGGCAGCCUACACCUGAGCCAUCUGUCCAUGGGACUGAGGUCCCCAGGCACAGGGCUCCCCGGACAGGCGUGAGGGGGAAGCAGAGAAAGCGCACAGCACUAGUGGAACCAGCUCCAAACACCAGCCGGAGCACUCCCGAGUCCACACUCCCUCCUCAGGACGCUGACCAGCCAACCAUAGGCCAAUGGCUCCCCCGCCCCAGGAUGGGACGGGCUAGGCGCCUUGCCUGGGAGCCAGAGCAUGUGCCUAGUGACCUCCAUGGCAGCCAGCCUUCAUCCACCCAGGAGGGCCAAGUCCUCCACCACUUGGUCCAGGAGGAGCACCUGGGGCCCACGGUGGCAGAGCUGGAAGACCCACGGCAGAUGCAGCUGGCCCCAGAGACAAAGGGAGGGCUGACUUUGUGGCUACAGCGAGUCCAGGAGCUCUUUCAGACCCCUGUGCUAGAGCUACAGCCGGUGUCACCUGCUUCAGCCCCUGCAGAACUGGAGGACAUCCCAGCAGAGGCCUCAGCUCUGAGGCAAGGCCCCGAGCUGGAGCCCCAUGAGCCCUCAGGCAUGGGGCCUGGAGCAACUGCCCUAAUGGUACCAGGCCUUGCAGAGCCAGAGCCAUGUCCAGACCCCAUGAGCCCCUGGGACAUCCCAGGAGUGGUCUCACCCCUGGUGCCAGGCCCCAAGCUGGAGCCCCAUGAGCCCUCGGGCCUGGGUCCCAUGGCACCUGCAGGAAUGGCACCGGGCCUGGCAGAGCCAGAGGCGGACCCGGAGCCCACCAGCGCCUGUGUCGCGAUCACCCGGGACAUGCGGAGGAAGGAGGAGUGGACCAUUCUGGCAUUUCCCCAUGGCCUGGUGGCUGAGCAGCUGACCCUGAUCUGUGCGGGGCUGUACGACAGGAUGGACUUUGUGGAAUGUAACAAUUACUUACAGAAUCAGCCACAGAUGGGAGACACGUAUAGGGUCCUCAGGGAAUUUGAUGCCUUGGUUAAGUUGGUCACCACCACCUGCCUCGGGACCCCAAGCAUGAUGGCCUGGGACAGGGCCGAAGUGGUUAGGUUCUGGAUCUGGGUGGCCUUGGUAUGUCAUGGGACGCCCCCGGGGUCCCCUCCUUGGCCAGCUCUCAGGAUGGGUGCCUGUGGUCUGCCCUGCACAGUCCCUGGGCCCCUCCUGCCAGGGGUGUGUGGACCUGCACUCAUAGGUCCCAGGGGUGGGACAGCCAUCCGUGGCCCCUUCCUUGGUUUGAGCUACAGUCCUCCACCCAGGAAGGCUGCUCAGCAGGUACCAGGUGUGCUGGGCUCCCUGGGUGUCUGUCUCCUUAAGGACAGGAGUUCAUGGGGGGACAGAGCAGAGAAGCAGGCCACGCUCUCAGCUCUGUCUUCCCUCCAGGGGAGUCUGAACCUCAGGAACUAUGCUGCCCUCCAUGCCAUUGUCUCGGCCCUGCAGAGCCCUGCUAUUCAUCGUUUGGAAAGCACCUGGGGACAUGUUUCCUGCGUCUGCCUGAUGGUAUAUGAAGACCUGAAAACGCAGGACAACUGGGUUCACAGGAAGCGGCUGUUCAAGGAGAUGGAGUCCAUAUUGAGGGCAAGGCAGCGGGGCCGCAUGGGACCCGAGGAGAGGAUGACAAAGGACUUGAUCCCCUACCUUGGACUGAUCCUGGACGAUUCCGUAGACAAACACCUGGAAUAUGAGGACUUCGCUGUCAUCGAAAGCGAGAUCACCAUGCAGAGGCAGCUGGCCGAGGUGUAUGACCUGGAGCGCGAUGAGUGCUUCCUGUCCUUUGCCCAGGCCGUGGAGCCCCUGGAUGAGGAGGAGAGCUACAACCUGUCCUGCCAGCUGGAGCCCCCAUGCCAGAGGGCCAGCAGAAAGGGACGGUCCUUCAGGUCCCACAAGAUUUAAACUUACUGGCCAGGGCCAGGUGAGUUUCUGGGCUGAGGCGAUCGGCAGGGGGUGGGCUGCUCCUCAGCCUCAGGGAAGCUUCAGGCCAUGUUGGGUGUGGGGGCAUCCUAAAGACCAGUGGGGCUGGGGUCCCAGCUCCAUGGCCAACCAGGCCUGUCAGACUGAAGGGUGGUUCCCCUCCCCCUCUGGGACCCAGCCUCCU